UAUUUUUGCCGUAGCGGUGUAACAACAUUUUUUCCAAGCUCCCGAGGCGUUAUUCCAGCUCUGUCCGUGAGGUUGAACACAUCGUUUCUUCCAGCACUAGUGUGUCGUCGAGUCGUAGUAAGCAAGGAGGUUCCCGGGUCCUUUGUCCAUAGCUUUCUGCAGUCAAGUUUGUUUCGUGUGGUGAUCCAAGGAAGCUAAGGAAGAUUAAACUAUCCAGUUUGUUCUGUGAUAUUCGAUAGUUUCGUGAAUUCUGAAAGCUGUGACGGGAAAUGUUAAAAGUAUUUUUCAAAAAGUGUGUUGUAUAGUGAAUUUCGGCCAAACAAAAAGAAAAUACUUUGCAAAAAUUGUGCUAUUGAACGGAGAAAAUAUACUGUUGAAAAGCGAUAAAGAAACGGAACAACUGCACAAAACGGAAAAGCCACAAAACAGUAGAAAAUAAAGGCAAAGUCCAGCAAGAAGAAGCAAAGUGAUCGACAUCAUUCCAUCUGUGGAACGAGGGAAUUCGGCUGAGACUGACAACAGAUCUAACCAACCGAGCGGGACACAGCAGGCGGCGGUAAUAACAACAAGAUAAGCGCACUGCCAAGAGGAACGAAAACCGAGUAAAAGCGGGGGUGCAUUUCUGGACCGCAAGCUCGUGCUACAUUACCAUCCUCGGAUAAGGGAUCAAAAUCAGCAGGAAAUAUGAAUGGCUCAAGCUAUGAAAUCAACACGAACGGUGAUAUUCUGUCCCAGAACCAGCAGAAGGGCUGGUGGACGAUCGGGCUCAUCAACGGCCAGUACAAGUACAUGACAGCCGAAACCUUCGGAUACAAACUGAACGCAAACGGCGCUAGUCUCAAGAAGAAGCAACUCUGGACGCUGGAACCAUCCAACACCGGCGAAAAGCGCUGGCAGCCUGGUGCCAAUUCACCAAAGUCAGACGAUAAAGGCGUAAUCUACUUGAAGUCGCACCUGGGCCGAUACCUGUCGGUGGACUCGUUUGGCAAUGUGCUGUGCGAGUCGGAGGAUCGUGACGCCGGCAGCCGCUUCCAGAUCAGUAUCGCCGACGACAACUCGGGCCGAUGGGCGCUGAAGAACGAACAACGCGGCUACUUCCUCGGGGGCACCCCCGAAAAGCUGACCUGCACAGCCAAGGCUCCCGGCAAGGGGGAAUUUUGGAGCGUGCAUCUGGCCGCUAGGCCGCAGGUUAAUCUACGCUCCGUUGGGCGCAAGCGUUUCGCUCAUCUGUCAGAGUCGCAAGACGAGAUCCACGUCGACGCCAAUAUUCCGUGGGGCGAAGACACGCUCUUUACGCUGGAGUUCCGCGCCGACGAGGAGGGCCGAUACGCACUGCACACAUGCAACAACAAAUACCUCAACUCAACCGGGAAGCUAGAGACCAAAUGCACGGACGACUGUCUGUUCAGUGCCGAGUACCACAGCGGCCACCUGGCGCUGCGUGACCGCCACGGCCUGUAUCUGUCGCCGAUCGGGUCGAAGGCCGUCCUGAAGUCGCGCUCGCAGACCGUAACGCGGGACGAGCUGUUCUCGCUGGAGGAUUCCCUCCCGCAGGCGUCGUUCAUCGCGGCGCUGAACAACAAGUACGUCUCGGUGAAGCAAGGCGUGGACGUUACGGCCAACCAGGACGAGAUCGGGGACAACGAAACGUUCCAGCUGGAGUACGACUGGUCGGCGCACCGCUGGGCGCUGAGGACCACUCAGGACCGCUACUGGUGUCUGUCAACUGGUGGUGGAAUUCAGGCCACUGGAAACCGUCGCUCCGCGGAUGCGCUCUUCGAGCUUGUCUGGCACGGCGAAGGAUCCGUUUCGUUCCGCGCCAACAAUGGAAAGCUGCUGGCCACGAAGCGCUCCGGUCAUUUGUUUGCUACGUCCGAUGUCAUCGAAGACACGACCAAGUUUUACUUUUAUCUGAUCAACCGUCCCAUUCUGGUGCUCAAGUGUGAGCAAGGAUUUGUGGGGUACCGCGCGCCUGGAAGCAACAAGCUGGAGUGCAAUAAGGCCGUCUACGAGACUAUUUUGGUGGAGCGUGCCCAGAAGGGAAUUGUUCACUUUAAGGGACAAAACGGCAAGUACUGGCGAGUCGAUGGCGAGGGCAUUGCGGCCGAUUCCGACACCCCGACCGACGGUUUCUACAUUGAGCUGCGAGAGCCAACCCGUAUCUGUCUGCGUGCGGCCGACGGUCGGUACCUGGGCGCGACCAAGAACGGAACGUUCAAGCUGGUCGACACCGGAUACGACACUGCCACCCAGUGGGAAUACUAAUCAAUUCAGCAAAGCAUCUCAUCUCCCUCGAUUCGGGUUCGCUCUCACACACUCGAAGUUUUUAGCGUGUUAGGUUACUAUUCUUCUACCCACUUUACUAUUCUUCUAUAAUAGUAAUACACACACACUCAUAAAAAAUCAAGAGAACGAAAAAAUCCAACCGUGCAACGCAAUCAAUCUCUCUAACUCUUUCAAACAAACUUAAAAAAACACAGGUUCUCUACAUUUUUAUUUGUAAAUUUACUUUUACGCGGUCUCUUCCGAAGAAUAGAUUAUUUUAUAGUAGCAUUAACAUAAAUACAAUAUGUGUACUACUCGUUGGAGCCAACUAAUCAUUAUUGGGGAGUAUUUUUGAAACUACAUAUUGUCAUUUCAAAGUAAAACAAUUCUUACAUGCGUGCAUAUUUAUUGCAGUAUCACUUACAUCAAGAGCUAAAUUAGUUGUAGUACUUAGUGAGGUCAAACUAUCAUGAACACACAAACACACACACACACAAAAGCAUCAUAACGAACGAUCAACUUGAACCGAUCGUGCACGAUUUCUUGCACGGUUCUGUCCAUCUCGAAAAAUUGAACGAAACCGUGACAGCAACAAAAAAAAAUACUUUCACAAACGUCCAUCAGCAUUGAAUUCUAUUGUUUCGCACCUUAGGAAACAGAUUAAAAAUUGCAAUCGAAUCAAAUGUGAUUAGAACGAACACGCGUCAACUCAUUUUGCGCUAGCGAAUGCUUCAUAAUGGGUUGAGUAAAUUUCAGUUUUUUUUUAAGUCACUAAAGAUACGUAGCAGAAAUCCUACAAAACACAAACACAAUCAAUCCACUGACUGUGUCAUGACGAGAAACAACCUUAAACUGCCAAAAUAUUAUGCGAAAUGAAACUCUUGUAGUACUCCGAACAAUUGAUAAAAAGCAAAAAAUCCUCCCAACAGAUUUACUAAAGUGUAGCAAAAAGAAGAAAAAAACAUACAACAAUAUACAUAAACACAAGAACAAUGUAAAGUAUUUAUCUAGAUUUUAUUUUUAAAUUCAUGUGAAAACUUUCUGUUAGCGGUUUAUGUAAAGUAUUUAUUUGGUACACACACACAUACCCAAAACUGUGUGUUUAUCGAUCAUCUUUGUGUUAUAACAAUUUGUAUUAUUCGAUAAACGCGCUCCGAAGCACGGAGAAAAAGAAAAGAAGAGGAAGCAAGCAUUGGAAACGCGUGCGACAAUGUAUCGAUUACAGAGCAAUCAAGAAGGAAAGUAGCAACACUUUGCAGCUGCACUUUUUACGCGUCAAAUGCUAAUUAAAAAUAUUUUAUGACGGAUUUACGAUGGUGAUGAAAAACCUACAUUAUACAGAUAUAUGCAAAGAAAAAAAAACGUAUGUGUGUAAUCAAAUCGAAUUGAAAUAAAUAUCAUAAAAAAACGA